ACAACAUCCUUAUCUUAUAGAGGGGCUGAACAAGUAUGGAGGAAAUUAUUUUUCAGAAUGUUUUUCAAUGUUCUCAUGUUUGAUUAGUUAAAAUUUUUAGAAAACAUUUUCUAUAGGAGUGAUACAACACCCACAAUAACAAUGAAUAGUUCAAAAAUGGAGGAGUUCACCAUUAAUUUUAAUAUACUUGUGGACCCUGGAAGUGAGUCAAUAUCACUAUCAUAUACAAUGGGGUGCCAUAAAACAAACUUAGUCUAGAUAAUUGUUUUGCAAAGUACAAUCAUUUUGGAGAUUUGUUUUUGGUAUAUGUAGCAAAGGAGUAGUGUUUUCCACUGCAAUCAAAAUAUCAACAUUAAGUCUCCAACCCUUGACAUGAGAGUCAAGUCUUUGGUAUCUUGGAAGCAAUAUAUUAUACACACAGUACACCCAAGGAAAAAUUAGAAUCGAGAUAAAGACUUAUUAAUCCACAUACCUAUAAAUAACUAGCCAAAAUCUGUGUCCUCCUUAUCCCAACACCUUCAAGAACUCUGUUGAAAUUCUCAUCAUCUAUGAAUACCCAGACAUUUCAUUAAUGGCUUCCAAUUCCAUAAUCAUUGUGUUCCCAGCAUUCGGCUUCAUUUUGUUAUGCAUGGCUUUGCUUGCACUAUGCUGCUGCUUAAAGAAGAAGAAGAAGAAGAAGAGCAAGAGAGUAUUGGUUGAAGAAACAGAAGUGAAGCACAUCGAUGAGAAUAUGAGAGUUAAGGAAAACAUUGCUAAAGGCCCCAAUGGUCGACCGGAGAGCUUUGUGGUAUCAGUGGAGGAAGAUAUGCAUGUAGAUGACGACAUUAUUAGGAAAAAGAAAGAGUUAAAAGCUCAAAACAUGCAUGCUAAAUCUUCAGAAACAACCCCUUCUGCUCUUGAAGCUGGACACUCUUCUUAAUUCUUCCACUUGUUUUAGGAUCAAGUCAUGAUUUUCAUCUAAAAAUAAAGAAAAAACAUGCGAUAAAUUAUAACGUCAAAUGAUGAUUUUCUUUUAUUUCGUGUCAAUUUGUUCCUUGUAUACGAAUAAGAUCUAUAUUAACUAUUGUUGGAUAUUUGGGUUUAAA